AUGAGAGAGGGUGCGAGCGGCAGUGCGGCUUCUGCCGUAGCCGAGAACGGCGUCGCUGCGCUGAAUGACGAGCGAACGCCCUUGCUCAAGUCGAAUGGCCAAAACCAAAAUCAAGAUGCUGAACCAGCAAGUGAGACUCGAGGGGAUGACCCGAAUCAAGGACUUCCAGCAGGACAAGAAGAGGAGACAACUGUUAUUGCUGAUGAGGUACCGACCACAAAACUGAUUCUUAUCUUCGGCACUGCCUGGAUAGGCGUCUUCCUGGGUGCUGUCGAUUCCACCAUCAUCGCAACUCUUUCGGGACCAAUUUCGAGCGAGUUUCAGUCUCUGAGUCUGCUUUCAUGGCUCGCGACAGCUUAUCUCAUCUCUAAUGCUGCAUGCCAGCCUAUCUCAGGACGAUUGACGGAUAUCUUCGGCCGAGGACCGGGUCUUGUUUUCAGCAACAUCUUCUUUGCAGCUGGUAAUCUCAUCUGUGGUCUGGCACACAGCCAGACUACCAUGAUCAUCGGACGCGUUGUUGCGGGUAUUGGAGGUGGCGGUUUGAUGAGUAUCUCGACAUUCUUGGGCUCAGAUCUGGUUCCUCUACGCAAGAGAGGUAUUGUCCAGGGCCUCGGUAACAUCUGCUACGGAUCCGGAGCAAUGCUCGGUGGUGUCUUUGGCGGUUUAAUCAACGACCAUACUUCUCAAGGCUGGAGACUUGCAUUCUUGAUUCAGGUACCACCGGUACUUGUCUCUGCUGUGGCCGUUCAUUUCUUGGUCAGGAUCCCUCCCAAGCAGUCGGAUAAGUCGUUCCUUGCCCGCAUAGACUUUAUGGGGGCCUUCUUGACAUCUUCAUUCCUUGUCUUUCUGCUGCUGGGACUUAACUCAGGUGGUAAUCUUGUCCCAUGGACACACCCCCUUCCGCUGACGAUGAUUCCUCUGGCUGUCAUCACAUUUGGGCUGUUCUUGUUCUGGGAGAGCAAGGCCCGCCAGCCAAUCAUUCCCGUAAAGCUUCUACUCGAUCGAACUGUCCUGAAUGCCUGUCUUUGUAACUUGGCUUCUACCAUGGCGGUCAUGGGGGCCCUUUUCUAUGUCCCGCUUUACCUGCAAGUUCUUGGUAGCAGCGCCACGCAGUCGGGUGUCCAGAUCCUGCCAUCUCCAAUCGGCAUUUCGAUCGGAUCUCUCUUUUCUGGCUUCAUCAUGAAAAAGACUGGAAGGUACACCAGACUCGGAGUAGCAGGCUUGCUCGUCCUCAUUUCAGGCGUGGUGGUUCUCACUGUCCAGAACCAGUAUAGUCCCAAGUGGCUGAUGGCUGUCUCUUUCUUCUUAAUCGGUUCCGGCUAUGGUGCGACACUCACCACGACGCUAUUGGCAUGUAUUGCUGCUGUGGACCACUCGCAACAAGCUGUUAUAACUUCCGCAACCUACCUGGCACGUAGUCUCGGUAGUACUGUUGGAGUUACCAUUGGCUCAGCUGUGUACCAAAAUAUCCUCAAAGCACGACUUUGGGAUAGAUUCGGCGACCAGCCUGGUGCCGCAGACGAAAUUCGCCGUAUUCGAGAUGAUCUCGAUGAGAUCAAGCAUCUCCCCGAGGGGUGGUAUGAUGGUGUUGUCAGCUCCUUCGUGGAAGCUUUCAGGGGCGUUUGGUUGACACUGCUGGCCUUUUCCAUCCUGGGUCUGAUCUGUGUAUCGCUCAUGAAACAGCACACUCUGCACUCGACCAUUGAGAGACGUUGA